GGGACUCAGAGGGACGAUUUUGGUCUCGGGAGGAGAACAGGGUGUAAGAGCAGCUGGUUAUGGUCUAAUACGAGUCGAUGCAGCUCGGCAGCAUAGCUCCUUUUUGUUUGCUGUUACCGAUGGGAUGGUAUGUGUCUAAAUGUACUGUACACAUACCAGGACAUGCCAUACCAAUUGGGCCUUGGGCUACUUGUCUACCUGGAUAGAUGGGUAGCGGUAGCAGUAGCAGUAGUGGAAGUGGAAGUGGAAGUAGUGGUGGUGGUAGUGGUGUGUGUAUGUGUGUAAAUGUGUGCGUGCGUGCGUGUGUGUAGCCUUCUCAUCUUAUUUCCUCGCCAUCGGACAUUCAUUGGCUUUGCUCAUCCAUCUGUCUAUCCAUCCAUCCAUCCAUCCAUCCAUCCAUCCAUUCAUCCUUUCAUCACUUCAUUUCUUCCUUCGUUGGUUUUAUAUAUACGCCACUUUCUUUGUCUUUGGUCAUUUUUUUACAUACAUAUUAUUUUUCUUCUUCCUCGCCCUUUGCAAUCAGUCCCACGCUUUCUUCCCAUCCCUCUCUCCAUCCCGCCCCCACUCUCUGUCUCUCUCUCUCUCUCUCUCUCUCCUUCUUUAUAUCACUUAUUGCCUAUUGCCUCUCACUUGCUACCUUUCUGCAAUAGUCGCGGUUCUCACACUAUUGUCUAUACCUUGCCCUCUCCUUGUCCUCCUUGUCUUUGCCCUAGCUAUUUGGCUGCCUACCCGUCUGUCUGUCUGUCUGCGUGUCUCCUUUUACGUGGACCCUGAACCUCUCUUCUUCCUCUUCAUCAAUCCCUCGCUCUCUCUCUCUCUGUCUCUCCUUGUCCUCAUACUCACAACUACGAAAGAAAAAGAAGAAAGAUAUCCUUCGACGAAACCCUUUCCUCCUUUCAGCCUUCCUACUUUUUUUUAUCCUUUUUU